AUGGAAAUCUGGGACAGCGCGUACUACGUGCACAGCCGGAUUUGUCUGCGAAUGUUUGGCCUGUGGCCUCUUCAAGGCGCCAGGAACAAAGUGAUUUUCCGCGUGGCAACAGUGCUGGCUGUCUCGACCAUCCUGAUACCACAUAUUUUAAAGACGUACGAAGUGCGACAUCAGCUCCACUACUUCUUGGUGUGCAUGCCAAGUUUACUGUAUUACUCGCAGUUCCUCACAAAGUUCGUGCACAUCGCUGUCAAAGCAAACAAGGCCAGAAAAAUAUUGGAAACCAUCAACCGUGACUUUUCGUGCUUCAAAAACAAGAGUCUACGCGUGCUGCACGAUUAUUCGGACACGGGGCGAAAAUUUAACACCUUGUAUUUUGUGUACAUGUGUUUUUCGGUGUGCUUUUACAACUCGAUGGCAUUCAUCCCCCACGCGCUGGACGCGCUGAUGCCGUUGAACGAGUCGCGGCCGCGACACCCCAUCCGCUACGUCAAGUACAACAUCCCCAGGAUCGAGGACCACUUCAACUUCAUCCUCGUCCACGGCUUUGUACUCGAUCUUGUGUCGAUGCUCAUCAUCAUAGGCUUCGACACUCUCCUGUUCAACUUUGCCCAGCACGCGUGUGCACUUUUCAAAAUCGUCGUGGUCGAGCUGCACAAUUCCAUCGAGGAAUCGGGCCAUGCGGGAGCGGCGGCCGAGGAGUCGCUGGGACACCGGCAGAGUUUGGUUUACCGCAGAAUCGCCAACAGCAUAGUCGUCCACAAGCGCGCCUUGGAGUUGAACGAGCUCGAUUCGCUGUGCACGAUCGUCAAUCUGCUUGUAGUUUCGAUCACACUUGCAAAUGCUACUUUUACAGAGUUAGAGACGGUCGUUAACAAGCAUAAGGGAGACUAUGACGUUGCAUUGAGAUUCGCAUUUUUCACAAUUGGUCAAUUUCUCGUCAUCUUGUACUGCAAUUAUCCUGGCCAGCUUGUCAAAGAUCACAGUUCGCUUAUCUAUGACUCUUGUUGCGAGUUCGAUUGGUACAGACAGGACAUACCGAUGAAAGCUAAAAAAUUAUUGGUGUUGAUAAUGAUGAAAAGUCAAACUCCGAGUUGCCUGACGUGCGGUAAAUUGUUUGUGCUGGAUUUGCAAAACUUUAUCUCGAUUUUGAAAGCAUCCAUAUCGUACUUUGCAGUUUUAAUGUCUAUUCAAAAAUAG